UCUGACUAAACCAUUAAUUUCCUUGCACAACCAACCUUGCCGUAUAAUCUGCCGACCAUCCAACCAAUUCUUAUCUUCUCGGUAAACUUGACGCAACGAGAUUGACAUUGAAUAAUGUAACGUGGAGAUCUUCUGGCCAUACAUAAACUAAUAAAGUAAACUAGUUUUCGUUCCUUUAAUGGUGUGCGAUAAAGGUAAAAAUGUGGUGUUUGGAGGCAAAUAAUUGGAACCAACUAUUCCAACCAAUGAAACAGUUGCAGAGCUUUUGUUUAGUAGCUGUUUAGUAAUUACAGUGAUUUAUACAUUAUACUUAAUUCCAGCCAGAGGAGAGAAUAGAUAGUUGCACGUCGCAUUUUAUGUGCGAGAGCUGAAUUGUCUUCCUUUUCGAGAUUUGAUUAAGUUUGGGUUGGGUUGGGUCGGGUGAGGUGAGAGAGAUUAAAUCGAGAAGCUUGGGUGAUCUUGAGUGAGACAAAGUGGUACAAAUUUGAGUCGAAGGAGAUCAUUCCAGUCCUGGAGAGGACGAGACGGGAGUGUGUUAAACUUGAAUUUUUGAGAUUUUUGACAACAUGUUGCCCGGAAUUGUGGUGGUUUCGUCGUGUCUUUUCGUUUUUGUGGGGGGACAUGUGACGCAACCACUCUACGCCCCAGCCUCCACUUUAUUCAACGCUUGGCCAGGCUCCGCCGCCACGACGUAUUCCAACGGUCAACCCGUCUCGGCCGCCGUCGUGCACACGCCGCACUACUGGUACACGACCUACACCUGUCCCGUCUGCCCCGCCCCACCACCACCCAAACCCGAACCUGACCCCGAAUACAAAGAUGUGAUCGAAUACACCAAAAAAAUCGGAGAAACGGUCUGCAACGUGGGCUCAACUUUAUCCGAAAUCGGUGAAAUCGCUUUAGAAGACGAUGCCGAAGUUGGGGCCGAAAUUAUUAAAAUGUUGCAAACCGAGGUUUCCCAGGGGUCCAAAGUUUUCGCCCAGUUCGCCGAGGACACGUCGUCCUCCAAAAAACCUGGCGGAAGAAGGAAACGUGCCGCCAAACAGGAAGGUUCCGAAGCUCUGGACAAAGUUGGGGAAGUUUUGUCCAAAGCGAACACCGUUAUUGACGCCCAGAUGAAAAAAUUGAGCAAAAAGGCACGUGACAAAAUCAGCCAGAAGCAUAAAGAUGGGUUAGAAAAGUGUAGAGCGGAUUCGUGUAAGGCGGCCUCGAAAUUAUUGGCGGCGGGAUCGGAUGAGGAUGAAAGACAGUGAGGAGGACGGAAGGAAAAUUUCAAAAAUUGGAUUCAAAAUUUUGAAAAUUAAUUUCAACAAAUAUGUUCGUAUUUUGAUUUAAAGUUGCUCAGUAUAUUUUAAGCAGAAUAGUUUUGUUAAGCUUAAACCUUGUCAAUGUCUUUCAUGUCAUGAUAUGCAUAUUUUCCAGUACUUUCAUAAAUACAUAGCGUUUUAAGUAAAUCUUGUACUUUUUUCUUUCUUAAUUCGGAAAUAAUUUGUGUUGGACAAUUCAAAAAGUAAAUAAGGCUGAAUUAAAGAGUAGAACUGCAUUGCUAAAAAAAAUUGUUUUUCUUUGUUUCCUACACUUUACAUAAUUAUGAAAUGAAAUGUUUCAUCAAUUUUAAGCAUAUUUUAGAUAUUAUGUGCAUAUGCAAGUGUAAAGAAAAUCGCAACCAUGCAGUUUAAGAAAUACCAGGUUUCAUAAAUUACCUAUAAUGCAAAAUAUUUGUAAAAAUUUUACCCCAAAAUUAUUGGGCCAUAAAAUACAAUGAGGGUAUUCACAGUGUCUUCGUAUCCUUAGUAUCGUAAAAUAGUUUAAACCUUGUUUAAACCGAAGAAAAGCUAGGGAUCAAGCUUAGUAAAAAUCAUAACCUAAAUAAAGCGAUCGUUGAUGACAAAAUCUCACGAGGCUUAGUCUCGUAACCGUCGUAACUUAUUUUUACGACAUGGAUAAUACGGAGGAUAAGAAGGAAUUAUGAAUACUCUCAAUAUAAUAUUUCUCCACCCAUCGCAAAGCUUUUUCAACCCUAACCCUAACGGCUAAUGACAGGAAUAUUUCGCAGAGUCUUCAUUCACAUGUCAUAAAACUAACUUCUCAUUAAAUUAUCAUUUUGUAGGGUUCGAAGGUGCAAAGCUUAUCCAUAAUUAAAAACCCUUUAAUAACUGUGUACACAUAUAUCUAUGAAGGAAUAUGUAGAUAUGUAGAUAUGAAUAUUUACGAGCUAAAUUAUGUAUUCAAAUAAAUACAUGUGUACAGCAACAAUCGGGGGAAAAAUAUUUACAGUGUUAACUUUGUACCCUGUCUAAGGCGUGAAGGGUAUUUAGUUUCUUCUGAGGUGAAAGGACCGAUUCGUACACACCUGAGCAAAAGGGUUCUCAUAAAACUAAUCAGGUGCCUGGUCCUAUUUUUGGAUUUGCCGAUUGUCAGGAUGGCAUUGCUUUUCCAGCCUCAUUUCCACUCCGUCCUUCGACCUGUUCCUAACUCGAGUUUUAUCAUCAUCACCAAUAUUUACACAGCUAAACCAACAAAAAUGCAUGUGGUGGUGGAAGUUUAAACCUACAUCCGUUCUCUCUCUCGCAUAUGAAGUAAGUAAUUUGUUUUUACUAUUCAGUUAACAAAUUACCUCCAGAGUUAAGUAGCAGUUGGAAAUUUGAGAAAUUUCGACGUACGCAACAGUUUAUUACGAUUACUUUUGACACGAAGAGAUCCACAUUCCCGUCACGGGACUCAAUAUGGAGGAAGGAUUCUUGCCCGACUUCGCCACCCUCCUCCUCAUCUCCAAAUCCCUCAUCAACCUCCCAUCUCCCCCUCUCGCCGACCACCUGACCGACCCCACCUUCUGGGAAAAGCUUAUCCGCGAAUCCACCCCGUGCCGUCGCGGUUCAGAAAAAUCCAUCGCCCGCAAAACCAACCAGCUCGUCUCCGCCAUGCCGUCGCCCAACUUUAUCUACGAAGUGCUCGAGACCCUCGUCAUCCACCACUGCUCACAGCGCGACUACCUCGAAGCCAUAUUUCGCCACCUCUACCAAAACUGCGUCACAUCCCCCGCCUCCCCCGACAUCCAUUUAGCCUCCUUCUUCUACUCCCUCGACGUCACCUCGGUCCAACUUUCCGACCUGCAAACUCCUCAAAAACCCGUCUCAAUUGCCAUCAUUGAGCUGUACUUUUACCUCCUCCGGGACCAAGAACCCGCCUCCGUUUAUAUCGGAUCCACCCGGGCUUUUAGAGCGGAUGAUUUCUACACGGGAAAAUAUUUCUAUUUAACCGCAUCAUUCGCCCACCUGCUGGAAAUCCCGGAAGAAAAAUCAACCUGGAUAUUCCCCCAUCAAACCUCCCCCAGUAAGGACGGCGCCGGAAAUGUGAUCGGUUUUUCGCAUUUCAUUCUCUUCGUGUGCAACGUCAUUACGUUUCGGGUCAACGUUUAUGACCCCUUGUUCGACGGGGUGGAUGUUCCGGGGUCGAUUAAAUAUUUGAAUAAUGAGGGACAGUUUGUCGCUGAUACGUUAAACAUGCUGCCAAAUUCGGGGGGAAAGUGGCGGAAGGGGGAUUUAUUGGAGGGUUUGGUGCAAGGGGAGAACGACUGCGGGCCGGCUAUCAUGAUUACGGCGGAGAAGAUUAUGCGAGGCGAGAAUAUUACGGUGAAUCAUGACGACUUUAAGAUGGAGUCGGAAAGGUUUGAGAGGUUAACGAGUAGGGAAUUUGAGAUGAGAAAGACUGAAUUCUUUAAGGAAAUGAGACAGAGUUUUUACGAAUUGUUGAGCGACGUUGGGGACGAUGUCGAUGUGAUGGAGAAUGUUUAAGAUGUAAUUUUUGAUAGUUUUUGGGCUAGAUUUUUCGAAAUGAUUUUUACUUUUUUAAGCCGCAAAUAUUUUAGAGUAAAUAAUGCAUAUGUAUUUUAGAUAUUACGAUAUUUUGUAAAUAUUGUUAUUAGUU